AUGUCCAACAGCAGCUCCAUCACUGAGUUUGUACUCAUGGCUUUUGGAGACACACGGGAGCUGCAGCUCUUGCACUUCUGGCUCUUCCUGGGCAUCUACCUGGCUGCUCUCCUGGGCAAUGGCCUCAUCAUCACUGCCAUAGCCUGCGACCACCACCUCCACACUCCCAUGUACUUCUUCCUCCUCAACCUCUCCCUCCUCGACCUGGGCUUCAUCUCCACCACUGUUUCCAAAGCCAUGGCCAAUUCCCUCUGGGACACCAGGGCCAUCUCCUACACAGGAUGUGCUUCUCAAGUCUUCUUCUUUUACUUUCUGAUGUCAGCAGAUUUUUCACUUCUCACCAUCAUGUCCUAUGACCGCUAUGUUGCCAUCUGCCAACCCCUGCACUACGGGACCCUCCUGGGCAGCAGAGCUUGUGUCCACAUGGCAGCAGCUGCCUGGGGCACUGGGUUUCUCUAUGCUAUGCUGCACACGGCCAAUGCAUUUUCUAUACCACUCUGCCAGGGUAAUGCUGUGGACCUGUUCUUCUGUGAAAUCCCCCAGAUCCUCAAGCUCUCCUGCUCGGACACCUACAUCAGAGAGGCUCGGCUUAUUAUGGUUAGUGCCUGUUUAUUCUUUGUGUGUUUUGUUUUCAUUGUGCUGUCCUAUGUGCAGAUCUUCAGGGCCGUGCUGAGGAUCCCCUCUGAGCAGGGACGGCACAAAGCCUUUUCCACGUGCCUCCCUCACUUGGCCAUGGUCUCCCUGUUUAUCAGCACUGGCAUGUUUGCCUACUUCAAGCCCCCCUCCAUCUCCUCCACAUCCCUGGAUCUGGUAGUCUCAGCUCUGUAUUCCAUCGUGCCUCCAGCAGUGAACCCCCUCAUCUACAGCAUGAGGAACCAGGAGCUCAAGGAUGCAGUUCAGAAACUGAUGACUAGAGGUUUAUCAGAAGCAAUAUGCUGCCCAUGUCCUCCUACAUAUCACUUCUAA